UUAAAAAGCCAAGCAGCCCCGGGCUGGCUGUUAGAAGCGGCGUGAGGUGCGUCGGGUGCGCGCGAGUGGGUUUGGGGUGCAGCGGGUGGUUCUGGUCUGAAGGGCGGCGAAAUCCCUGUCCUCCUCUGCGGCUCUGAUUUGGAUUUGUAAAGACGCCCGGAGCCGCUCCGCUCCUCGUCUCCGCCACCGCCGGGCGAAGGAACCUGCCCGCUCCCUAUCCUCAGUCGCCGCCGCUGCCACCAUGUCCAACGUGCACCUCUCUAGCGCCUCGGCUCUGGAGCGCCUGGCGGCUCGCCGGACAUUCCCCUUGCACGCUCGCACUGGGGUGUGCAGGAACUUGUUUGGUCCCGUGGAUCAUGACGAGCUCAACCGGGAGCUGAAGAGCAAGUUGCGGGAGAUCUGCGAGGAGGGCCAGAGGCGCUGGGGCUACGACUUCCAAACCGAGACGCCGCUGCCCGGGUCGGGCAGGCUGCAGUGGGAAGAGGUCGAGGGAGAAUCCGUGCCCGCUUUCUACAGGGAAACUCUACAGGUUGGGAGGUGCCGCUUCCCGGUGCUGGUGGUCAGAUCGACGCCUCCGCCGGGAGAUGAGGAGGCGCCUCUUGAGCCUGCUCCCCGAGACUCUCCCCAGGGGUUGGGGCUUUCUUCGACCCCCUCCCCGCUCAGCCCGCAGGGCAACGCGGUCGCCUUGGAAGGCACGACGUCGGCAGGCGAGGAGCGCCUCAGCCCGGAGGACAAGGCCGACCAGCGCCACAGCUACUCAGGGAUUAUAAUCAAGCCUGUCCCGUGUGCCGCUGCGGCUCUUAAAAGACCAUCGUCAACCAGCGUAGCUCACAUCACAGAUUUCUUCGCCAAGCGGAAAAGAGUCGUAGACAGAGCGGCCGGGGAUCCCACCAGCCCGUUGGCAGCUUCGGUCACGGCUGUGCCUAAUGAGCAGACGCCCCGGAAAAGGCUCCGAUGAACGAGAUUUUGCACUAUAUAACACCGAAGUGAUUGUUUCCUUGGAAACACAAGAGCUUGAGAGGCCCUUCCUCUCUGCGUGUCAAAGGGGCUGGCGAGUGAGACCAGACCAGCGUAAGGAAGAAGAGUGGCCUGUUUGUUUUUCGCUCCUCCUCUUCUACUUGUGCCCUGAAGGAACUGCUUGUACCUCCAUGUAGCAAAAGUGGCUGACUACAAGUCGCCUGACGGAGCAGUGUUAAUUUACAACUGUGCAAUGUAUUAUGUUUUAUAUCUAUUAAAAAAAUGUAUUAUGCCUAAUGUGAGUACACUGGCCAGAAGUGUAAAAGCU